AUGGCGACUGUCGUCCAGCAGACCCAGCUCCAUACUCGGACGCGUACCUCUCGCGUGCCCUCGUCUGCCAACAGCAGACCCCUUCGAGCCGCCGCCGCCGUAGCUGUUGCUGCCGCAGCCUUUGCCAGGCCUGUGCGAAGCCUUGCGAGACCAAAGACCGAAGCACUUGAGAUCCCGCCCAGCGCCGCCCCUGCAGAGUCCAAUGCGGGCUCAGGCCUCAAUGUUGCCGGUCCGGCUUCUCUGUCGCUGUUCCUGACCAACAUCAAGCUUCUGGAUCUUGACCAGCUCCCUGACUGGCCCGAAAUCUCGGCUGAGACAUUCGCGGCAUCCGGCACCACCCUGCAGGACCAGAAGAGGCGAGUACAGUGCGUAGAAUGGGCCUUGUAUCAGCUGUUUGUCAUCUGGGAUCCAGACGAGGCGGCGAAUAAGCUGAAGCCUUUUUACCCACCUGUCGAUCAGCUCCAGUCUGUGAACCUGCGCGCCGCGCUCGUCAGGGCCCUCGAGCAAGCCAAGAAAAAUGGCGACCUCGGGCGGGACACCAUCAUCCGCAAGACGAUGCUGGAUGAGUGCAAGGGCGAGAGGCUGGAGGAAGUCCUUGCCUUCUUUUCCACUGCUGUCCUGAAAAAGGUGGUUUCUGGCAGCCUUGCCGCAAGCCGCGGCUACAUCACACCCGCAAUUGAGCUUGCCUUUGAGAAUAAGGGCUACCUGAGUGAGAAAUCUCAUCUGAUUGCGUUGUCCAUGGCCCACAAGGCCUCCAUUCGACAGCUCCUGCAACGCAAAGAGCUAGCUAGAGUCCGCUUCAAGGACUUUGCCGUGGUGAUGGAUGAGAAGGAAGAUGAUAUCAUCAGUAGACGAGAAGUCCUCGAGAUGAAGGAGAUGGACGGCGGUGGCCAGGCCGUCUCUGACAAUGCCAGGGCUGAGAUGCGGCGGACUGUGCAUCACAAUUGGUCAGGUAGUGAGGCUUGGAUGGAGACUCUCUUGUCCGGAGAUCCAAAGCACGGUGGCCUCCUGGCUACCAAGUUCGACCGCGUCUGGAGAAGAGCCCAAAAGGGCCGGCUUGACGAACUGGACACGAAUGAUGUUGGCCUCUUGGAGCAGCUGGAUAACCGGGUCAAGAUGCAAAGAGACAGACUCCGCAAGUGGGAUGCCUUUCGCAGGAACACAUUUGGUGAGACCAGGCCCAUGCCGGCCAAGCCCAGAGCCACUGCCGCCAAAGCCAAGGGCAUCGAUCUCGGCUUCACCGCUCACCUUGAUCUGCACACCGGGAGGAGGAACAAGUCAACCAGAGUUGCGCUGUUUCAGCAUGCGCCUCAAAUGUCGGAUGACUAUGCUGCAUUGGUUUCGGAUCUGAAAUACGAUCUGGGAAAGAUCGCGACCAAGGAGGUCGACAUUGCCUCUCUCGUCAGGAAGCGAACCCCUGUGAAGCAGGAUCGCCGUGACCGCCGCCUCCUUUCCACUUCAUCGUUUGAGGGCGGCGAUGAUGAUGAGAUUAGCGACUUGGAGGAUGCUGAAAGCGCGUUUCGCGCAGACAGCUCUGUCACAUCGUUCUCAUCCCUGCAGGACAAGUUUACUGCUCCCGCUCGUACCGUGAGACCGGUCAUCUCUCGACCAAGCCUUUCACAGCUCUCUGGUGGCGUGGAUACCGUGUGGUCGUCGAAUCAGAGGAACUUUCCUGGGCGAAGCACCUACGACUUGACUCAGAUUGACGAUUCGCCGCUUGCGACUCCUCCAUCUAUUCUUCCUCAGCGAAAGCCUUCAGGAUAUGACACUCCAACGCGCCGUCGGUCACCCGAAGAAGCCCCAAAGCCUGUCGCAAAGCAUAAGACGAAUAGCCCGCCGCGGCUUUCACCCACAAAAGAGUUUGCGGAUGGCUCUACGUCUCCCGGGAAAAACAACUUGACUCCGUCACCCGUCAAGCGCACCAAGCCUCGACACACUCUCUCCUUGGCUGAGCGCACUCGACUCUCAAUGAGCCGUAAGAAAUCUCUGUGUUUUGAGGACGAGGAGCUUGACCCGCCCACUCCCAUAACACCUGUCACCACCAAGCCUGCGGAGCCAGAUUACUCCGAGGAUCUCGCCAGCCGGACUCGUCGAAGCAUGGCCGGGUUUGAAAAGGCGCAGCAAAAGGCACAGAUGGAGAGGCGCAGGUCUCUGAGGAGGGGCAAGAUGCCCCCACGAAAGGAUGGCAGCUACUUUCCAAGGGUGGACGAGGAGGAAAUCAACGAAACAACGCUCCUGUUGGAGCAGCUGGCCGAGGAGGAGGACGUCGAGGCUGUCUUUCGAUCGCGACCCAAGGUUGGACAGAGCUUACAGCCAAGCCCGACGAGAGAGGAAUGGGCCGAUAUUCCAGAGUACAACGGGGUGAGCAUGAAGUGA